AUGGGCAAAACUAUCAUCCUCACUGGUGCUUCUCGCGGUAUCGGCUUAGCUGUUGCGAAGUAUCUCUUGCAGGCGCCACAUCGCUGCAAUGUGGUUGUUGUUGCCCGCACUGAGGCCCCCUUGCAAGAGCUGAAGGAGCAGUAUGGCACCCAGGUAGAGGUUGUCUGCGGUGAUAUCACCGACCCUGAGGUUACGCACAAGGCGCUUGCCCGGGCCCUCGUGGCCUACGGCAAACUCGACGGUCUCGUUAUCAACCACGGAGUUCUGCCUCCUGUCACUCGUCUUGAGCAGUUCUGCCGGCGAGAGUGGGUUAAGGCAUACGAUAUCAACUUCUUCAGCGCCGUGGAGCUUAUCAAGCAAUGCAUCCCGCAUCUCCGUCUGGCUCGUGGCAGAGUCGUCUUUACUUCUUCCGGUGCUGCAACCGGACCUGUCAACGGCUGGGGCAUGUACGGCUCCUCAAAGGCGGCGUUGAACCACCUCAACAUGACUCUGGCCCAUGAAGAGCCUCAGAUCAUCUCUGUUUCUGUCCGUCCUGGCAUGGUCGAUACCGACAUGCAGCACCAUCUCCGCUGCCAGCAUCUCGGCAUCCUCGGCCCCAAGGACAGCGCCAAAUUCGUCAACGCCCACGAGGAGGGCAAGCUGUUGAAGCCAGAGCAACCUGGCACCGUCAUUGCAAAGCUUGUCAUGAGUGCCACCGCUGAUCUCAGCGGUAAAUUCCUGACCUGGAACGACGAAGCCCUGGCCAAGUACCAGCUAUGA